CGGAUUUUUUUUUCCUUAAUUUCGAACAAAAACUGUCCUGAUAACUGUAGGACUGAACCAGAAACAAUGGGCUGCGUUUCUUCAAAACACUUCAAGAAGGAACUCACUCGAGAUAUUAUUCUCAAUAAUGGCGGCGACUACAUCAACCACGUCGUUUCUCUCACUUCCAGUACUUACGGCGUGCUUGAUAUCGACAAUGAACGACGAAGGAAACACCAAGAACAACCCGUUAAAGAGAUUGUUGUAGAGACGGCGGCGGGGGUGAAGAGAUCGCCGCCUCGAGACGAGCCGGAGGUUAUUAACGCGUGGGAGUUGAUGGAGGGUCUCGAGGAGGGAGUACCCAUGUCGGUUUCGGCCAAGAAAAGCCCGAGAACGCAUGUUUUUCUCCGGGGAUUGGCAGAUAAGGACGGCCGGAGUCCGUUGAAGUUCUUGAGCCAGAUUGGGUCGCCGAAGAAGGUGAAGCGUUUUGGAGGGAAAGAGAACAGGGGACAGUCGAAUGUCAUGGGUUCUGUUCCAGGAAGGUCAGGAUUUAGCCCUAAACAGACCUUGAAGACGAUAAAUUCUUUAGAGACUCCGAGCAGGGCCGUGUUGAGGUUGAGUUUUCCGGUGAAAUCAGAGUUGAGCGACUCUGGGUUUUUGUCGCAGAGGAGACAAAGUUUCAGCCCACUUUUCGAUCCAGACCUCGUAGCUUCAUACGAGAAAGAGCUCUGUGAAGAAGGAGAACAAAUCAAGAUGAUAAUUUCACCCGCACCUCAAACCCGAAAAUUAACCAAAUCCCAAGAAUAUUCCGAGAAAAUCCUCCAAUCUUUCGAGAAAAUCUGCCCGCCGAGAGGCGAAAACGCUGUCGUCAUUUACACCACCACGCUGCGGGGAAUCAGAAAGACAUUUGAGGACUGCAACACUGUUCGAUCCAUAAUCGGGUCACACAACGUGCAGAUGUUAGAGCGAGAUAUAUCAAUGGACUCGGGGUUUAAGGAGGAUUUAAGAGCGUUAAUGGGGAAAAAAGAAGUGAAAAUCCCACUGGUUUUUGUAAAAGGAAGGCUGAUCGGGGGAGCAGACGAAGUGGUGAAGUUGGAAGAAGAAGGCAAGUUAGGUAUCUUGUUGGAGGAAAUGCCGAGAGGAAUCGGCAGCUGCUGCGAGGGAUGUGGGGGAGUAAGAUUUCUGAUGUGCGUGGAGUGCAAUGGGAGUUGUAAAGUUAUGGAUGAACAACAGAAGAAGAUGGUGAAAUGUGGUGAGUGUAAUGAGAAUGGAUUGAUUCAGUGCCCGAUCUGCUGUUGAUUUUUGGAAAUUGGAUGAAAAAGAAGAAGAAGAAGAAGAAGAAGAAGCAGAAGUGGGUUUCUAAAGUGGGUUUUAGGCCCCAAACUCUAAGGUGUUGUUUGAUUGAUUGUGUUUUGAACCUUAAUUUUUCAAUGUACCGAUCUAAUUGGUACUGUAAUUUUCUUGACUUUUGUAUUUGCCAGAAUGUGCUUUAAGAAUUUCACAUCUAACUUCUACGUUCA